GAAGGUGUGGUUUUAGACAAACCAACCAAACCUGAUAGAGGCUCACUUUGCGAUGUUGGCCUUGAAAAGGAGCUGGAACUGGAGGACAAGAUUCAACUACCUGCCGCCACUCGUGUAACGGUUGAGAUUACUAAUUUGGGCGAAAAUUCCAAACGAUAUCGCGGCAAGCUCUCCAGUGCACGAAAAGUACGAGAAAAAACGGGAAAGUAUUGGGGUUAUUCUGUGAAGUUGGCGACGAGCUUGAAAGAAGUGCUUGAUAGAAAGAAAUUCGAUGUAAUCAUUGGUACGUCCCCACGAGGGGAACCCGUCACCAAUAUGUUUCUCAAUACUUUGAACGACAUCCAAGUGCUGCUGGUUUUUGGUGGCGUUUCUGGAGUUGACGCCGCGCUUGAGGCCGAAGAAGCACUCACAGAAACGCGAGCUGAAGAAGCCUUCGAUAGGCUGGUGAACUCUCUACCAAAUAAAGGAACAAAUAGCGAGCGAGUAGAAGAAAAUGUUUUCAUAACGCUAGCGGAAGUCACUAUGCGACUACAACAGCUGUGUUCGCAAUGA